AUGUCCCUCUCUCAAAAAUCGACUGCUAACAUGGCCGACGUCGCACAGGGUGCGGCCAAUGUUGUCCAGGAUGAAGUCGAUGUUGACGUCGUCGAAAAUGAGGCUGCACUUCUCACCCCGCUGAAAAAAGGGUGGGCGAAAUGUUCCCGCCAAAAAUUCUUGAAAUCCCAUCUUGAAGAAUACAAGACUGCGCUACUCGUCUCUCACGAAAAGGCCACCUCCUUCCUCGACGGCAUCGUUAAUCUAUGGUUUUCGACGUAUCACUGGUCGAUCCCAGUCACGCAGGAAGAGUUGCCGACAUCACCGCCUUUCCCUACCGGCGCCGACGGUUUCGAGAUAUUGACCGAGAAGCAAGCAACCUUGAAAGGGAAGGUGAUCGAGCGUAUGAGAAAGUCAUUGUACAAUUGGUUCAACCAUCGCUCUAAAAAGACGAAGACCUUGAAGCGGUCGAAGAGUACCGAAGACCCCUUGUCUAUUUUAGUCAACCGCCUCCUGGGUUAUGCAGGCCCAGCCAAGCUCCGCACUGGCUGGGAAAUGUGGGGCACGGCCAACUACGAGUCCCUCAGGGAACCCUUCGAAGAGGCGUUUAGAGAGAGCGGCAAACCUGAAAAACACCACGCGACUUUUCGGAACUCGUUCAAGAAGAAGGAAUUUCUCAAACUGAGUGAAGAAGAACAGCCCUAG